UAACACUCAAAACAAAUAAAUUUGUACUACUAUAACAUUCUCUACUAUUUCUAUAAUCUUUACUCAAUUUUUUAUAAGAAUGGAAAUGUUUGGCAAAAUUGCAUGCUUUGUGGUUUUUUGCAUGGUGGUGGUUGCACCCCAUGCAGAGUCACUGAGCUGCGGCCAGGUUACAUCUGGCUUGACUCCUUGUCUCCCUUAUCUUGAGGGUCGCGGCCCUCUAGGAGGAUGUUGUGGUGGUGUUAAGGGUCUGUUGGGUGCAGCCAAGACCCCAGAAGACCGGAAGACAGCAUGCACUUGCCUUAAAUCGGCAGCUAAUUCUAUUAAGGGCAUUGAUACAGGAAAAGCCGCUGGGCUCCCUGGAGUUUGUGGAGUCAACAUUCCUUACAAGAUCAGCCCUUCCACUGAUUGCUCAAAGGUCCAGUAAGGUUGAUGAAAGCUAAAUCUAGCUUGUGGAGAUGAAGAAUAAGAUGGAUUUAUCGAUCGAGUUUGAUCCAUCAUUAUAUAUAUAUAUAUAUAUAUAUAUGUUGUCUCUUUUCUUUUGUAAUUGUGGUUUUUGGAGUACUUAUAUAUUGUCGAGUCUUGUAAUGAACAUUGGUGUGGUUGCUUAUGUUACAACCCAAUCUUCAUAUAUAUAGCGUAAUACAUGAUAUUUUCUGCUUUAAA